AUGGCCAUGGCUGUGAGUUUCGGAAUUCAAUCUUGGAUUGAAGGCGGCGUCAUUGCUGCUGUCAUCAUUUUGAACAUCGUUGUCGGAUUCUUCCAGGAGUAUGCUGCUGAGAAGACUAUGGAUUCACUUCGUUCUUUGAGUUCGCCCACCGGAACUGUUUCUAGAGACGGGCAGACCAUCGUUAUCCCGUCAAUUGACAUUGUUCCUGGUGAUAUGAUUGAGCUUAAAACGGGUGACACAGUCCCAGCUGACCUUCGACUUGUUGAAGCGGUAAACUUCGAAACCGACGAGGCUCUCCUAACUGGAGAAUCCCUCCCUGUCCAGAAAGAUUGUGACAUGGUCUUCAAGGAAGAUGUUGGCCCAGGAGAUAGAUUGAACAUUGCCUAUAGUUCAUCUACUGUGACCCGUGGCCGGGCCCGUGGUGUCGUUAUAGCUACCGGAAUGAACACCGAGAUUGGCUCAAUUGCCGCGGCUCUGAGGGCAUCGGAUAGCAAGCGUCGACCAGUCAAGCGUGGACCCAGCGGAGAAACGAAGAAACGAUGGUACGUGCAGGCCUGGGCUCUGACCAGUACGGAUGCCGUGGGAAGAUUCCUUGGAGUCAAUGUUGGAACUCCCUUGCAACGAAAGCUCUCGAAGCUAGCUCUGAUCCUGUUCGGAGUAGCUGUGCUGUUUGCCAUUAUUGUGAUGAGUGCGAACAAAUGGAGCAGUAACAACGAAGUUAUCAUCUACGCAGUUGCUACAGGUCUUAGUAUGAUUCCUGCCUGUCUAGUGGUGGUGUUGACAAUCACCAUGGCUGUUGGCACGAAGAGAAUGGUUGAGAGGCACGUUAUUGUUCGGAAGCUUGAUUCCCUCGAAGCUCUGGGUGCAGUGACAAACAUCUGCUCUGACAAGACCGGCACACUUACCCAGGGCAAAAUGGUUGCGAAGAAGGCCUGGAUCCCGUCAAUUGGAACAUACUCUGUUGGUACUUCGAACGAGCCAUUCAAUCCCGAAAUUGGAGAAAUCAGCCUUGAUGAACUGCCACCGGUCAAGAUGGACGAGGAAAAGCUCGCACCACCUAGUCAUCCUGAUGAACUGCUCAAGGGCAGCCCUCAGCUGGAGGAAUUUCUUAAUGUCGCUUCCAUGGCUAAUCUCUCGCAUGUCUACCGGUCUGAAAGUGAAGGGAACGAGUGGCAUGCCAGAGGCGAACCCACCGAGAUUGCUAUACAGGUCUUUGCAUCGAGAUUCAACUGGAACAGGGACAGAUGGGUGAAAGGCGAGGGAGCAAUCUGGCACCAGAAAGCCGAGUUCCCAUUCGACUCCGACGUGAAGAAGAUGUCAGUUAUUUUCCGCAAACUUAGCGAGUCGGAGGAUAAAGAGAUGGUUUUCACCAAGGGAGCGGUCGAACGUAUUAUCGAUUCCUGCACGUCUGUUAUUUUGGAUGCAGCUCAAGGCCCAGUGCCGAUGACUGAUGAGAUCCGCAAUGACAUACUUGAGAACAUGGAGGCAUUAGCGAAACUUGGUCUGCGUGUCCUUGCGCUUGCCAGUCGGCCAUAUUCUCCUGCUGAUAAUGCCCUUGAAGGCGCUGAUAUCAGUCGUGAAGAUGUCGAAAGGGACUUGCAAUUCUGUGGCUUGAUCGGACUUUAUGACCCCCCUCGUCCUGAGACAGCAGGUGCAAUUGCGGAAUGUUACAAGGCAGGAAUUUCAGUACACAUGGUUACUGGUGAUCAUCCGGGAACAGCUCGUGCUAUCGCAGCACAGGUUGGAAUCAUUCCUUCGGAUCUGAGCAUGGUUGCAAAGGAUGUUGCCGACGCAAUGGUCAUGACAGCAAGCCAGUUUGACAAGCUAUCUGAGGAGGAAAUUGACCAUCUGCCAACUCUUCCAUUGGUUAUUGCUCGAUGUGCACCACACACCAAAGUCCGUAUGAUCAAGGCUCUUCACAGACGAGGCAAGUUCGCAGCCAUGACCGGUGAUGGUGUCAAUGACUCUCCGUCGUUGAAGCAUGCAGACGUCGGUAUUGCAAUGGGCCAGAGCGGUUCGGAUGUGGCCAAGGAUGCCUCGGAUAUCGUUCUGACGGAUGACAACUUUGCAUCCAUCCUUAACGCUGUCGAAGAAGGCCGUCGUAUCUUUGAUAACAUCCAGAAGUUUGUGUUGCAUCUGCUUGCAGAGAAUAUUGCACAGGCCUGCACUUUGCUUAUUGGAUUGGCCUUCAAGGACAACGAUAACCAGUCUGUCUUCCCACUGGCUCCAGUAGAAAUCCUGUGGAUCAUCAUGAUCACGUCCGGAAUGCCUGAUAUGGGUCUUGGAAUGGAGAUUGCGGCCCCUGAUAUCAUGGACAGACCACCACAAAGCAAACAAGGAAUCUUCACAUGGGAGAUUAUCGUGGAUAUUGUUGCCUACGGACUCUGGAUGUCAGCACUCUGUCUGUCUGCCUUUUCUCUAGUGACGUAUGGCUUCGGAGACGGCAACCUGGGCACGCACUGCAACCGAGACUACACCCCCGAGUGCGACACCGUUUUCCGGGCUCGAGCCACGACCUUCGUCUGUCUGACCUGGUUCGCCCUCUUCCUGGCCUGGGAGAUGGUCAAUCUCCGCCGCAGCUUCUUCCGCAUGCAGCCUGGCUCCAAGCUGUACUUCACACAGUGGAUGCACGACGUCUGGCGCAACCAGUUCCUCUUCUGGGCCAUCAUGGCAGGUUUCAUUACUAUCUUCCCGCUGCUGUACAUCCCUGUGAUCAACCACAGCGUCUUCAGACAUACCGGCAUCACCUGGGAAUGGGGAAUUGUGUUUAUUGAGUCUUUGCUUUUCUUCCUUGGUGUCGAGGCCUGGAAAUGGGGGAAGAGAAUCUUCUUCCGCCGCCAGGCACGCCUCAAUGCGGCAUCUGACACCAAAGAGAUGUCUCGAGUCCGAGGAGCUAACUCGGCAGAAGAAUAA